AUGCUCAGCUCAAACCUAGCCGAGUCAGAGAUGGCGGGCACCACGGAUUCCACCCUCACGAAUCAUGGCGUCCUACAGAUUCAACGCCUGGCUCAGUACUUUACAUCCUGCAGGAUCAAGUUCACCCGAGUCUUCUCGUCGGACCUGAAGAGAGCUCAGCUCACCGCGGAAGGUAUCUGCGCGGAACCAAGCCAGCAGAUUCAGCAGCAACUGGGAGGCCCUGCUCUGACCCCGCUGUUGACACCGUACCUCAGAGAACAGUAUUUCGGGACAUUGGAAGGUGCCAAUAUGAAGUCGUCUCGUACAGCCUCCGGGCAGAACUACGGUGGCAUGGACACGGGGUUUUCAACUGUCAGCGCCGAGUCACAGGCUUCGAUGGAAGCCCGGGUGAAUGCUUUUCUCAGCGAAUAUCUUCUGCCGGUGCUGCUUAACGAUACAAGCGACGACGAGACAGUGGCGGUUGUUGCCCAUGGGGUCAUUCUUCGUGUCCUCUGGCUCUGCAUCACUAGUCUUUUUAAUCCCCAGGAUAUUCGUUUUGGACCUGGGGUGGCUUGGAACCUCCGGCCCGGGGUGCCGUUCAUUCCAUUCUGGUCUAACACAGGAUUCGUGGAAUUGUAUAUACAGCGGCGUCUACCGCCAGAGUCACUAACUUUGUCCAAGUUUUCUACUCCCUCACAGCAGGAUUUCACUUCCGGUGUUCAGGAAACUGCACCGCCUGUACAGUCGACCCUCCCAGAGACCUCGCCGUCUGAUGCUCUUCUGUCAGGCUGGACGAUGGACGUCCUGGCAGUGGAUAGCAAGGCACACUUGGCUGAUCUGCGUUGNACCCGCGGAGGAAUCGGAAGUGCGGCGUAUGAUGAGCGACAACAAAAGAUUGACAGCUUUUUUGGAAAAUCGGGAGUUUACUGA